AUGACAGUGGUUGUGGCUUUCAUGGCCACCAAGCCAGGAAGCAAGAUGAGGACAUGGGUAGGGAAAAGACUGGGAGUGUCAGGCAUCAUUCUCUGUUCCUUCAUUCAAGUGGGCAUCUGUGCUGUGUGGCUGGCAACUUCUCCCCCAUUCCCAGAGACUGACAUGCUCUCCCAGGUUGCUCUCAUCACAGUCCAAUGUAACGAAGGCUCAGAAGUCAUGUUCUAUGCUGCCCUGGGCUACAUGGGCCUUCUUGCCACCAUCAGCUUCAUUGUGGCUUUCUUGGCAAGAAAAUUGCCCAGUAGUUUCAAUGAGGCCAAAUUGAUAACCUUCAGCAUGUUGGUCUUCUGCAUUGUUUGGGUGUCCUUCAUCCCCACCUACUUGAGCACCAGCGGGAAAUACAUAGUGGCUGUGGAGAUCUUCUCCAUCUUGGCCUCUAACGCUUGCUUAUUGGGCCCAGUCCUCAAAAACUACCAGCAUGUAUUAGCUUUCCUGUUUGCCAUUGAUGAGAUUAACAAGAAUUCCAUGCUGCUACCCAACACUACACUGCAAUCCAAGAUCUAUGAUAAUGUUUUUGAUCCAGUUGCAACCAGUAGGAACACUCUGUCUCUGCUCUACAGGAAAUUGGAGAAACUCCCCAAAUACUGUGGAAUCAGAAAUAAUAAGGUAUUAGCUAUCAUUGGUGGCCUUACUUCUGAAAACUCCAUUCAGAUGGCGAACAUCUUUAAUAUCUUCAAGCUUCCCCAGAGUAAUAAUGAUCAGACGCCGAAAUGCACCGGGGAGGAAAAGCUGGAGAGCGUCCCUGGUUUUGUGUUCGAAACACAAAUAUCUGUCCAGAGCUAUGGUAUCUAUAAUGCUGUCCAAGCUGUAGCACAUACUCUCCAUGCCAUGCAUUCAUUCAGAACCAAACAGAAAGUUAUGGAAAAUGGAGCCGAGGAAAAGCUUCCUAACAUUCACCCCUGGCAGCUUCACUCCUUUCUGAAAAAUGUUCGCUUCAACAAUAGCGCUGGGGAAGAAAUAUUUUUUGAUGAAAAUGGGGAGUUGGCAGCUGGUUGUGAUAUCAUAAAUUGGGUCACAUUUCCAAAUCAGUCCUUCCAGAGAGUCCAGGUUGGAUGGGUGGACCUCCAGGCUCCUGAAGGUGAAGAGUUCUCCAUCAACAAGGACCUCAUUGUGUGGAACCAACGUUUUAACCAGAUUCAGCCCCGUUCCACAUGUGUCAAGAGCUGCCAGCCGGGAUACAGCAAAAUUGUUCAGCAGGGGAAACCGGUUUGCUGCUAUGAUUGUUCUCUGUGCCCUGGAAGCAUGAUAUCAGUCCACACAGAUGCAGACCAUUGCAACAACUGUCCGGAAGAUCAGCAUCCAAACAAAAACCAGGAUCGGUGUAUUCGCAAAGAAAAGACCUACUUGUCCUAUGCAGAACCCUUGGGGAUGGUUUUGGUUUUCUUUGCCAUUUUCUUCUCUGUAAUCACAGUGGUGGUGAUGUGGAGCUUCACAUGGAACCGCAAUACACCCAUUGUUAAAGCCAACAACUGGACCAUCACCUGUACGUUGCUCUCUUCCCUCUUGCUUUGUUUUCUCUGUUCCUUCCUCUUUAUCGGUCAUCCAGGAACAGUCACCUGCCUUCUCCGGCAAACACUUUUUGGCAUCAUCUUCUCUGGGGCUGUGUCUUCUGUCUUGGCCAAAACCAUCACUGUGGUUCUGGCCUUCAUGGCCACCAAGCCAGGAAACAGGAUGAGAAAAUGGCUAGGGAAGAAAUUAGCAGGACUGGUCAUCAUUCUCUGUUCACUUAUUCAAACUGGCAUCUGUACUGUGUGGUUGACAACCUCUCCCCCCUUCCCAGAGUUGGACAUGCAUUCCCAGAGUCAUCAGAUCAUAAUACAAUGCAACGAAGGGUCUGACAUCAUGUUCUAUCUUGUCCUGGGCUACAUGGGAUCUCUGGCCAUCAUCAGUUUCACUGCAGCUUUCCUUGCCAGAAAGUUGCCCGAUACUUUUAAUGAGGCCAAGCUGAUCACCUUCAGCAUGUUGGUGUUCUGCAGUGUUUGGGUGUCCUUUGUCCCCACCUAUCUGAGCACCAAAGGAAAAUACAUGGUGGCCGUGGAGAUCUUCUCCAUCUUGGCCUCAAGCGCUGGACUCUUGGGCUGCAUCUUCCUUCCCAAAUUCUACAUUCUUUUACUGCGGCCUGAGCUGAACACCCGGGAACAGCUCGUAAGGAGAAAGAAUCGUGUCACUUGA